AGUAAUAGUGUUUCGAUUGUCAGUGGUGCGCAACCGUUCUUUCCGGAUGAGAUUUCCUUUUUAAUUUGUCAGCGUGAACGCGUGAAACAAAUCUCGGUGAUAAAGUUUUAACCGUCCGUUGUCGGUGCCGUUUAGCUGAGUUCGGUCGCGGUAAGAGGAUGCAAAAGACGCAUUUGCGGUUGUCGGAUGAUAACAUUUGAAGAGCUAUUAAUCGAAAGAGCCAUAGUGGGUUUUGGUGGGAAGUGAAGAGUGACCGGAUGGUGAAUUUGGUGGGCAUCUUAGGGUAAUAGUUUACGGUUUGUUUGACAUAACAUUGUUGGAAAGUGUCCGCCUAAAAACCUUCGAGUUCAUCAGCGUGCUUUGCGAAGAUACUGUAUAAAGUGUAAACAUCGGUAUAGGUUGAAAGCCACCGUAGGAGACAUCCGACGGUGAAGGUGAUUGUUUUUGUGAAGUGAGUUUUAGGAAAAUUUUACAAAAUUCCGCCACUAUCAAUAAUGUCGUCUGUCACCCACGACGAGGAGGAUCAGGACCAUGAACAGGAGAUCAACGUGGACGCGGACUCGGAUUCACACUCUCGAAUGUCGUAUAACAGUAACGGGUCUGAGGAUAUAGAUCUGGACGGAGAUGGUAACGGAAGCUCUUGUUACGAUGAUUCAGAUAUUGUGAGUGAUCAUCAAACCGCCUCGGAACAAACGACACGAUCCCCCAACGAAAACCUGCCCUUCAGCAUAUCGAGGCUACUUUCCAAGCCGUACGACAGCAACAAAGACAAAGACAUCUCCGAGGAUAGCGACAGUCAGAAAAACGAAAACCACAUCACCGCCGGAGGGCUCCAGUACACAGCCGGCGCACUCUACAGCUACCCCAUCUAUCCGCCCGGCCAUGUGCUACGAGUGCCUCCCCAGCGGGGGCCCUGCAAUCCCCUGUCGUGGUCGCUGCCUCCGCUACAUCCGGCUGCGCUGGCCCACCAAGCCGUCAAGGACAGACUGGCCGACAUCCAUCAUUUGAACCAUUCCAUAGUUCAUAUCGUAAACAAUUGUUCCAAAAUGACUAACGGUGAACUCGGAAGUCAUUUAUCAUCGAACGGAGCAGCAUUCCCCAUCGCCCGCCGAAUCGGCCAUCCGUACCAGAAUCGAACGCCGCCGAAGCGGAAAAAGCCGCGUACCUCUUUCACCCGGAUCCAGGUGGCCGAGCUGGAGAAACGAUUUCACAAACAAAAGUACCUGGCAUCGGCGGAGAGGGCAGCGCUGGCACGAGGACUGAAAAUGACCGACGCCCAGGUCAAAACGUGGUUCCAGAACCGACGGACCAAGUGGAGACGCCAAACAGCCGAAGAACGCGAAGCGGAACGACAAGCGGCAAACCGAUUGAUGCUAUCCCUGCAGGCGGAAGCCCUCAGCAAAGGCUUUGGUCAACCGCCUCCGUCGGCGGCGCCACCUAACACCGCCCCAGGAGCUCCGCUAGCCGCUCUUCACGGUUUGCAACCAUGGGCCGAGGCACAUACAGCAGGAUGCUGAAACAAAUACGCGACAAAUUAGAGAAAUAAAAACACUUUCAAAAAAUUCAAACAAACUGACAAGCAAACGAUAGCGAUUUAAAAGAAGGUUAAGAAAAAUUAUUUGUGAUAUAAAAGUAGGGGGUAAAUCGGUACUUUUAGUUGGUUUAGACAAAAACUGAGGUCUAGUAUUAUCUUUGAACCUGUAAAUUUUGUAUGUAAAUAUUUCAAACAAGCGAAUGAAAAUUAGGAAUUUGUCUUAUUGUAUAAGAUAUAGUAUUGUAAGUAAUCUUAGUAACAACUGAAAAAAAAAACUAGAGUACAUAUUUAUGUUCAGUCCUUUUUGUUCCAAAUGUAGACAAAUGGAUCUACUAGCAGGUUCGCAUCUUUCCAUGAAACAGUAUUCUCAUUCUUUUUUUUGCGAUUUAUAAUGUACCAAAUUGGACUUGCAAAUAGUUUGAUGGUCAAUUAAUCAAUUCUCAAUAGACAGACGGCAUAGUAAAUAAUUCAUCAAGGACAUUGCUUGCUAAGAGAAAUUUCGAAUCGUCUUGAUACCAAUGAACAAAAUAAACCAUUUCCAUCUGACGACAUAGGUGAGAAAACGAGAAUACAAUUCAUUCAAACACAAAAAUCCAAAAGUUGGAACAUGUAAAUACUUUUUCCCAUCAACGCAGCAAGUAUCAAGCAACAUAAAUUAAUGUAUCAAAGAGCAGUAAUUAAUAAACGUUUCCUUUCUACAUAGAUAAGGACAUUAUCAACUUGAAACUUUCAGAAUUGAAAGGAUUAAACCGUUGUAAAGAUAAGCACAUGCAAAAAGAAAACUAAGUUUAAAAUAAUUAAUAAAACCUUACUGAAAUA